CACAACUUGCGUCAAACCCAGCAAAUAGACCCUGACCAAUGACAAGCAGUUUACUUAGACCUGUUUACCUUGCGUCUAGCAAGUGAUGUCAAAGAGGAAUUUGUUUAUUUCUGCUUGAGCUGAAUGUGCAAACUAUAGAGUGGAUAUGGCCAAGCACUGUGGUGUUGCUUUACUUUUCCUUAUUAAACUGUGCUACAGUGACUGCUGUCCUGAACUAUGCCAGUGCUUCUCAGCUGCAACGGUCAUUUGCUCAGAUGACAGAAUGAAAGUUUUACCUGUAAACAUCUCCACACAAGUGAAAGAACUUAUCGUAUUGGCAUCUGGUGUCACACAUGUGAAUGGAAGUUCCUUUAGAGAAAACCUUAAACUUAAUAAGCUGGUUAUUCUUAACUGCCUCUUAAAAGUGGUUUCAAGCAAUGCCUUUGACCAGCUGACUGAGCUGCGGGAGCUUGAAAUCAGUGGAAACUCACAUUUGUUUACAUUUGAAAUGGAGACCUUCAACAAGUUGGUUCACCUUACAAGACUUUUACUCAACAACAACAUGAUCAGUGUUUUGUACAAUGGCAUUUUUGACUGUUUACAGAGACUGGAAACAUUAAACUUAAGGGGAAAUGGCUUGUCAUAUCUACCCAGUCUUCUUUUUCAAAAUCUUCACCAACUUCAGGAACUUGACUUGUCUUUUAACCAGAUAGGCUCUCUGUCAGCUGAUAUAUUUCAUAACAACUCUGUUUUAAGGGUGUUUACCAUGCAGGGCAACAUGAUCUCAUACCUUCCAGUAGACAUCUUUGCCCACCUAAAUCAUUUGGAGGAGCUGAAUUUCCAAAGCAAUCACAUAAUGAAUCUGGAUCCUGAAGCAUUUCCACCAAGUCUCCGGAAACUUGUUCUUAAAAAAAAUAGACUGGUCCAACUAUCCCCUGUGGGUUCUCAGAAACUACAACACCUUUUAUAUUUGGACUUGUCUCAAAAUAGUCUCUCGGAACUCCCUACGGAUUUCUUUCAGAACCUCAUUUCACUGAAAAAUCUGGACCUGUCUGAGAACCAGAUUGUCUCAUUGCGUAGUACUGCCUUCAAAGGACUUUUAAAUCUAAAAACAAUCAAUUUGCAGAGAAAUAACUUGAGCUUACUGGAAGGUGACUUGUUUAAGGAUCAGCAAGUCAUGGAGAAGUUGUACUUAUCUAUGAACAACCUGCGAAGUAUACCAUUCGGCUUAUUUGAUUACCUUGAUUUCCAGUGCAUAGUUCAACUCCAUGGGAAUCCCUGGCACUGUGACUGUGACAUACAGUAUUUCUUAGAUUGGCUGAGAUACAACCACAGAAAUGUGGAUGAUUUCAGUAAAGUUUACUGCAAUGAACCUGAGUUUAUAAAAGGGCACAAUCUGGUCUCUUUGGAUAAGGAAACGCUUGUUUGUUCAAAAAAUUCAAGUUCUGAGUUGGAAGGUUCAGCUGCCAAUAUUGCUCAAAGUGUUACCAAGGUUCCCUUCAAUGAUUACAGCACGAUUCAGUGCUCAUUCCAGGAAUUCAAUGAUGCAACAUUCAUUAGGUGCAAAGUCAAUAAAUGUACCAGCUUGAAGUUUCAGGCUGUUUUCAAAAAUGCAGAUGGAAAUAAAUCAGAAUGUGUAGUGAGCCAUGAGUGGCCAGCACCCACUGGAUGCUUAAAUGGGACCUUGUAAACAUAAUAAACAUGUGCUAAACAAAUAUUUUCUGUAGUGACCUUUAAUUCAUUUAUCAAAGUACAAUGCAUUUAUGAGACUAACAACACAAUGUUUCAUCAAGCUAAAUGAUUUAUACCAAUAUACAAUUUAUAACAAAUAAAUGUUUUGGAGAAGUUAACAAGUGUUUAGUCUCUUUCAGUAUUAUCGGCAUGAAUUAACAGUGCUCUAACUCUGCACUUAUACAAAAGAAAAUAUACUUUUCAUAAAUAUACUUAAAGUUUACAGUUAAAUGUACUUGACAGCAAAAAUAAAACAGCAAAAAUAAAAAAAUAAAACUAAAUGUUGAAUUUUAAAACAUUUCUGGAUAACCUCGUCAUUGAAUUAUUGUCAUUUUCUCUAAUUUUCUUAAUUUUACUAAUUUGUAAUUGAACAAAUGGAAAUAAAAAAAUGAAAACAAUGCAAUUUUUCUUUUUUAUAUUUAAAAUGUUUCUGUUUGCGCUGUGGGUCGUACAUUAGCAGAGGGGUAUGAUGCACACUCUUUCAGUGACAUUUUAUUUUAAUGAUAGUAAUAAGCGCACAUAUGAAUUGUCCACGGCCAGUAAGUAUUGUGAUUGAUCCAGAUCACUCUUUUAAAAGAUGGCCAGUAACACAAAUAAUUAUUUUGCUAUGACUUAUUUAAAAUACCUCGGCUGUUAUUUGGCCUAAUAUUUUUUGGCCAAAGAAUGAAAAAUAGAAAGCAUGUAUCUUGUCAAAUGCGAUACAUGUGGUGUGUUCUUCUUCUUAAGUUCAUCAAGAACCUUCAACAGCAGACCAUAAGGAACUGAAUUGCAGAAAUCUAUUCGAAAAGUGACUGAAACAUGGACCAAAGUUACUCUCUUUUGAAUGGACUACACUAUUUAUACGUUUCAAAUAAUAAAGUACUUUUGCGGUUAAAUUAAAGUUGCAUCUAGCAUGCUUACAUACAUCACGCCAGGGCUCGGGCUGCUUUGAGUUGGGAUGUGGCCGAUUUGCAUCAUGGCGCUAGCCUAUCAUUGGAUUUUACCUGUGACUCAGGGAAAGUAUUCCAGCUCUCCCCGUUUCCGGACACCACGUCUUCGCCCCGGGGGUGUAAAUCUCAACAAUCUUCUCUCACUUUGCCGUGCUACACAGACAAACUGCGACCCAGUACAGGUAAAGAUGGCUUUGGUAAAUUCAAGAUUGCUGACAAACAAAACAUUUAUCUUGCGAGAUUUCUUUGCCUCUAAUGAAUUGUAUUUUCUGUUAAUCACUGAGACUGCAGAGGAUACAAGCCCCUUUUCUGAACUUUUGCCCACAAACUGUUCAUUUUUAAACUGCCCUCGAGUUUCUGGCAGGGGCUGUGGCCUUGCGUCGGUGUUUAAAAGCCGGUUCUGUUGCAAUACUCUGAAGACUGAAUCCUACUCAAGUUUUGAAAUACUACUCUUUCAGCUGAAUAAACAUCAGUUAUCGAUGGCAGUGGUUUAUCGUCCUCCGAAACCAAACAAGGACUUUUUAAAAGAGUUUUCAAACUUUCUGGUUAAAGCUGUUCUCAAAAAUGAUAGGCUUUUAGUUGUGGGAGUUUUUAAUAUUCACGUUUGUUGUGAGUCAAAUCCCCUGGCUAAAGAUUUUCUUAGUCUGGCUGACUCUCUGGACUUUAUUCAAGUGGUAAAUGUUCCCUCUCACAAACAAGGCCAUACCUUAGACCUUGUAUUGUUGGUAUUUCAGUUUGUAAACUUGAAAUUCUUGAAUUGGGUUUUUCAGAUCAUAUGCCCAUUAUGUUUACUUGCUCUCUUCCCAAUGGUAAAACAUGAAAUCUACCACAGAAAUAGUACCACACAAGAACAUAGACGAGUCUGCCGUAGUGGCGAACGGAAGAGUAAAAAAGAUAAAUUACAAGUAUCUUUUCAAAUUCUACGUGAGUCAUUAAUUGGUUAUCAAAAAUCAGUUAAAGCGGCAAAAUCUUAGUAUUUUUCAGAUAUCAUCGAUAAAAACCAAAAACUCUUUUUACCAUUUUAAAUUCUGUUAUAAAUCCAAAUAAUGUUGUUAGUUUAAAUGCCUCAGCUGCAGUAUAUGAAGAUUUUCUUAGGAUUUUUACAGAUAAAAUAGUUGACAUAAGACAGCAUAUAGUAUCUUCAAUUUAUGACCUAUCUGCCCCGCAUCUCCGUAUUCAAGUUUUUGAGGAAUUCCAGACAAUAUCUUUAAGCUCUCUUCAAGAUAUAAUUAAGCAACUGAAACCCACUUCAUGCACACUUGAUAUUCAUUCAUUCAAACCUUUAUUUAACCAGGAUAAAAAACUCCUUGAAAUUAAAAAUCUCUUUUACAAGAGUGUCCUGGCAAGUGGCAGCAACGCGGUUACAAAUAAAUACAAAAACAUUUACAGGUAAAUACAUAAACACACGUUCACUCAUCAUGCACAAACAAUGUCAUCAUUAAAAAUACCUGGGACCUAAUUCAAUUCAAAAACAAUGACAGACUGCCAGGGUCGGACUGGGAACAAAAUUUGGCCCUGGCAAUUUUCUCGUGGAACAAUGCUUUGAUUUAUUGAACAUUUAUAUUAAUUUCACAGUAUAGUUAAAAUUCAACCACCUCAAACUCUCUUUGCCAUGAACAAAGCUCACACUGUUUUUCAAAGCAUCACAAAAACACUUUACUAUUUUUGCACUGUUAUAUGAAGCAAUACUUGUGUAGAUGACCCCUUUAAUCAAACUCUAUUGAAUACAAUAAUAUGUAAAGUAUAUUAAUGAAAGACAGUGCAGGUCUAUAGAUUAUAAAUAGGUCUAUAGAUUAUAAAUGUGACCGUUGUUAUAAUGGUUUAUGUAGCUUUCUUCACUUUAUAUUAGAUAGAGCAGAAGCAGUAAAAGUGCCUCUCUUUCUAUUUCUCUCACAAAAACACUUUACUAUUUUUGCACUGUUAUAUGAAGCAAUACUUGUGUAGAUGACCCCUUUUAUCAAACUCUAUUGAAUACAAUAAUAUGUAAAGUAUAUUAAUGAAAGACAGUGCAGGUCUAUAGAUUAUAAACAGGUCUAUAGAUUAUAAAUGUGACCGGUGUUAUAAUGGUUUAUGUAGCUUUCUUCACUUUAUAUUAGAUAGAGCAGAAGCAGUAAAAGUGCCUCUCUUUCUAUUUCUCUCUUGCAGCUUAAAAGAUUACCAUCUCUUAUAUCUAAAAUGUUUGCUCAGAAAGCAAAGAUGGUUAAUUAAUAAUAUUUAUAAAAAUACAAGAAAGAAAGUGCAUUGUGACUUUCAAAACAAGAGCCAGUUGUAAUAGCCAUAGAAACCAGAGCCACUGCACAUGCGCUUUAACGCAUUAGCGCCGACUGACUCUGAUCACGGUUGGUGAUCAGACCCAGGACCCGAAGUAGCAUAAUUAAACUGGGACUGACCCAGACCCAACUGCCCCUUUAAAACAUAGAACCGGAACUGUACGGGUCCUCUGUGAAGACCUCUAAUGCAUACAACUCUGCUCAAGUUCAGAAACAUGAUGUGAUCCUUAUUAAGCAAUCACUUUCAAUAAACUGACAAGCAGCCGUAUUAAUAAUAGCGCGGUAUACUCUAUUUACAUAUGAAGUUUAUAUCAGCGCACAAACAGGUGUAUUUAAAGACAUCUCCUCUGGACGGAUUUCAACAUCCAUGGCUCCUGUUGUCUCAUCAUCAUCAUCUUCGUUUCAUCUCCUGCUCUUGCAUCUGUUGCUGUGUCAUCUCUCCUAUACAAAAUAAAAACUCCUGGAUGACAAACUGAAAGCUUUACGUUGGCAUUUUUCUGUAAAACGGACACAAAAGAAUAAAGCAGCACAUGUGACGUUUUGAAUAAAGGGUUUGUAAAUACACAUACAGUAUACCCACAUAUAAAGUUUGCUAUAUUCAUAUAAGAGUUAAAUUAAUCUCCAAAAUACCAAAAAGCAUGGCUAUGACUAAUAUAAUAAAACCAUGGUUACUUUUUCUAAGGGCUGACUAAAAAAUUCAACAGAGAUGACAAUAUAACACAAAAAACACAAUAAACAUCCAUUUAAACACUUAUGCAAUCGUUAUUUGUUUUGUAUUUUAAUUGUUUUGUAUGCAAACAUUAUGUAGCAUGUUAACUCACCGACUGUAGAUACCAUCGUGACUCGAGUGAUUGCUUCUUUAAUACAUGCAAUGAAAUGAUGAUCCAACACACAUCUUUAAUUUCUAGGCACUGUUGCACUUUAAACACUUUGUUCUGUGCCCGAAACUUUAUAAACUUCUCCCGAACCGGUAGUGGUGUGCGCCGGAUCCUUAGCAUGGCGAGUUCGGCGUUGUAACGCGUUUUUGUUUUUUACAUAUGCAGAUCAUUUUCUUCAGUCCGAAGUACAAACAUAGCCGGCAUCUUCCGUGAAAGAGUAAAGAGAAAAGAGAAAAAGUACUGGUGAUCCCGAUUAUUUUUAAAGUUUUAAAUCUGCAGACAGAUGGAUGCGCAUCUUGCCAGAGACUCAGAUAAACUCCGCCUUUGACCUUUACCACUCCCCUAGCCCAGAGAAGCCCGCUCUGGCCCAAGAUAUUCGGCGGGCCAGAAAAGCCGGGCCUUAAGCCCCAACUAAGCACCAGUGAAGCACGAUCAUGCCCCGGAAGUGACAAUGUAAACGCGACAGGCCUCGGCAGGCACUGGCACGCCCGCUUGAAGCCCGACAGUGCAAACACGGCUAUGGACACAACGUGACACUGAGCCUGCCUCGGCUCGCACCCAUUUCAUAGAGAAACAUAGAGAGCACGCGAACACAUACCGAACUCGUUGGAAGAGACACGUGCUCGCACUCAAAUGUCAUUAUCAAAUAGUGUCAUUAUCACGGAAGAACAAAAAAAAGUUAUGCCAGAUAUAUUUGGGCGGUUGUUAAUAUACCUGGGCGACUUUUUCUCGCGGAUCUUCUCCGCUCCCCCUUUCUUCUUUUUGGAGCCUCUGUUGUCCAUAAUUAUUAUUCUUAAGUGCAAGGCUAAAUGAUGCACUAUCAUCACUGUAUUUUUCCCCAUAAACCUAGCGGCUGCUUGGACAAAUCCAUUUGAGGGGUGGGGCAUGGGGGCGCGAUCGAAAAUAUUUUCCUAUCACCCGCCCCCCAAGCCAAAUGCAACUGCAUUUAUACAUGACGGGCCGAAAAUAAAUAACUUAAACAUUUUGGCAUUUAAAAAAAAAAUCUCGAAGGCCACCGGCCCACAUGUCGACCGGCCCACCGGCAUUUGCCCGGUUGUACAGAUUACCAGUCCGAGCCUGCAGACUGCCUUUCUGCAAGGUCCUUUAAAAAGCCCUUAAAAGAAUUUUGUGAAACCAACUUUUUCAAAUGUAACUGAUUCUGAACCUGAUUCCAAGCAGAUGCUGCUGCAUAACUAAACGCCUUUUUGCCAAAAUCAGUGCGGGCUUUAGGGACUAUCAACAAACACAGAUCCUGUGAACGCAGAUGGUAUGACCCUGCAGAUCUCGGGAGAAUAUAAGUGUUCAGAUAAGGAGGAAGAAGUCCUAAAACUGCUUUAUAAAUAAAAAGAUGCCAAUGCAUCCAACACCAAAUGGACAGGGAGAACCACUCGACCCGAGAAUACAACAAACAGUGAUAAUGUACAUUUCUUCAAUUUCUGUUCCAGAAAGUGUGUAAAUGGCUGGAACAUUGUUUUUAAUUAAUUGUCCAUGAGAGAAAGUCAUGACUUUAGUUUUUUUAACAUUUAAUACCAAGUUUAAAAUAGCUAGAUUUUGUUGCAAAAUGUUAAAAGCAGAUUGUAAAUUUGUGAUAGCUUGACCUACUGUGGACCCAGAACAAUAGAGAACAGUAUCAUCAGCAUAAUAAUGAUAGUAUUAAUAAUAAAAUGUAUUAUUUAUAUUAUAGCAGAGAUUGUUUGUAUAAAUAAUAAAAAGAAGAGGCCCAAGGAUUGAGCAUCGAGGCACCCCUUUUAAAAUAUUUAGAGAGGCAGAAGUGAGGCCAUCUACUUGCACACAUUGUGUUCUCCCUAAUAGAUAACUAUUUAACCAUCCCACUGCUUGUUCAGAUAGUCCAAUAGAGGCGAGUCUUUGAAGGAGUAUUUUAUGGUCCACUGUGUCAAAAGCUUUUGACAAAUCAACAAACAGUGCUAAUAGCCUAUGUUAAAUAGAUAACACUGAACUUGUAUAGUUUAAUAAAAUAAUGUAUUUUGAUUAUACAAAUCAAUUACAACCUAACUAUAGUGAUUGUUUUACUAACUGCUGACCAGCUUAGGGAAUCUCUAUGGCUAAUUAAUAAGACAUAUUGAUGCUGAUUCAGUAUGUCGUUUUUCUUGUUAAUUUAAUCUUUUGGGGAAUCUUAUGCUUAUAAUUAGUAAAGGAGUUUGAGUCUUAUAACUUCCUUCAAAGUUUAAUUGUGCAUAAUGACAUGUGCAACAAAUGUAUAGGCCUAUAGGGUGUCAGACUCAUAGAUUUGCAUAAUUUUGGGGCGGUUACCCAGACAGGGAUUAGACUAGUCCUAGACUAAAAUAAAUGUAAGAGCUGUCCAAACUCAAAACAACUUGUACAUAUCUUAAAAUACAUCAGUGCCCUUUGUUGUGCCUAAAGAUGCACACAAGUAAUGUUUUUAGUAAGGCAUGUUUGUUAAAACUAGUUUUAUUUCCUAAUUACACUAAGGCCUAGUCCUGGUUUAAGCUAAUCUCUGUCCGGGAAACCACCCCUUAAAAGUGCAGGUUUUAAAGUUUGGGUCAACCUCUGGCACAGCUUUAAAGCAAACUUUAAGUGAAUUGUAAAGUAUUUAUCUUUGUUUGAAUAACUACUCAACCUAUACCUUACACAUUAAUACUGGGAAAAAAGCCCCUUUGGUGUAAAAUACAUUAAGUAAUUUUGCGGCACGAUUUUGAAUGAUGACCAUUUAGGGUAAAUAAGGGCUCCCCCUCCCUACAAAAGCCAAUUUAACCACUGCAUGCAGUUACAUUAAACCUUUAAAAUUUGAUAAGAUUAUAUACUGUCAUGCAUUUAUAUUAAACCUUUACAAUGUGAUGAGAUGUUACCUGUCAUGCAGUUAAAUUAAACCUUUACAAUGUGAUCAGAUGAUAUCCUGUCGUGCAGUUAUAUUAAACAUUGACAAUGUGAUCAGAUGUUACCUGUCAUGCAGUUAUAUUAAACCUUUACCUGUCAUGCAGUUAAAUUAAAGCUUUACAAUGUGAUCAGAUGAUAUCCUGUCAUGAGGUUAUUUUAAACCUUUACAAUGUGAUCAGAUGUUACCUGUUGUGUAGUUACAUUAAACCUUUACCUGUCAUUCAGUUACAUAAAACUUUACAAUGUGAUGAGAUGUUACCUGUCAUGCAGUUAAAUUAAACCUUUACAAUGUGAUCACAUAUCCUGUCGUGCAGUUAUAUUAAACCUUUACAAUGUAAUCAGAUGUUACCUGUCAUGCAGUUAUAUUAAUCGUUUACCUGACAUGCAGUUUACCUGUCAUGCAGUUCAGGUUUUAAAGUUUGGGUCAACCUCUGGCACAGCUUUAAAGCAAACUUUAAGUGAAUUGUAAAGUAUUUAUAUUUGUUUGAAUAACUACUCAACCUAUACCUUACACAUUAAUACUGGGAAAAAAGCCCCUUUGGUGUAAAAUACAUUAAGUAAUUUUACGGCACAAUUUUGAAUGAUGACCAUUUAGGGUAAAUAAGGGCUCCCCCUCCCUACAAAAGCCAAUUUAACCACUGCAUGCAGUUACAUUAAACCUUUAAAAUUUGAUAAGAUUAUAUACUGUCAUGCAUUUAUAUUAAACCUUUACAAUGUGAUGAGAUGUUACCUGUCAUGCAGUUAAAUUAAACCUUUACAAUGUGAUCAGAUGAUAUCCUGUCGUGCAGUUAUAUUAAACAUUGACAAUGUCAUCAGAUGUUACCUGUCAUGCAGUUAUAUUAAACCUUUACCUGUCAUGCAGUUAAAUUAAAGCUUUACAAUGUGAUCAGAUGAUAUGCUGUCAUGAGGUUAUUUUAAACCUUUACAAUGUGAUCAGAUGUUACCUGUUGUGUAGUUACAUUAAACCUUUACCUGUCAUUCAGUUACAUAAAACUUUACAAUGUGAUGAGAUGUUACCUGUCAUGCAGUUAAAUUAAACCUUUACAAUGUGAUCACAUAUCCUGUCGUGCAGUUAUAUUAAACCUUUACAAUGUAAUCAGAUGUUACCUGUCAUGCAGUUAUAUUAAUCGUUUACCUGUCAUUGCAGUUAAAUUAAACCUUUACAAUAUGAUCAGAUGAUAUCCUGUCAUGCAGUUAAAUUGAACCUUUACAAUGUCAUCAGAUGUUACCUUACAUACAGUUAUAUUAAACCUUUACCUGUCAUGCAGUAAAAUUAAAGCUUUACAAUGUGAUCAGAUGAUAUCCUGUCAUGAGGUUAUUUUAAACCUUUACACUGUGAUCAGAUGUUACCUGUUGUGUAGUUACAUUAAACCUUUACAUGUCAUUCAGUUACAUAAAACCUUUACAAUGUGAUCAGAUGUUACCUGUCGUGCAGUUAUAUUAAACCUUUACAAUGUGAUCAGAUGAUAUCCUGUCAUGCAGUUACAUUAAACCUUUACAUCAGAUGAUAUCAUGUCAUGCAGUUAUAUUAAACCUUUACAAUGUAAUCAGAUUUUACCUGACAUGCAGUUAUAUUAAACCUUUACAAUGUGAUGAGAUGCUACCUGUCAUGCAGUUAUAUUAAACCUUUACAAUGCGAUGAGAUGUUACCUGUCAUGCAGUUAAAUUAAACCUUUACAAUGUGAUCAGAUGAUAUCCUGUUGUGCAGUUAUAUUGAACAUUGACAAUGUCAUCAGAUGAUACCUGUCGUGCAGUUAUAUUAAAUGAUGUUUUAUUAACAAAGUUUGGGAGGAGCACGUUCAAAUAAUCAACCUAAUUACCUUGUAACUAUGACCAGCUGUCGACAAUCAGCACUCAGGUCUUCACCUGAUCGGCAUCAACAGAAACCUAUAUAGACUGAAAAUCAACUCACCCUCAUUCCUUGAUAGUUUCAGCAUCCCUCCACCUCCCCUUCUCCGCACGAUUUGCCUAGUCACCUUACUAACCAGAACAGGGGGGAUUAUUCUGGGUUCGGGCCUAAGGCCGAGCCCGGAACCCUCUCCCCGCCAGGAGGCGCUCCGGGCUCAGGCCAUUAACGAGCUCGGAGCCCUCUCCUCGGACAGCACGCCAAAUACGCAUAUUAAUAACCCUGUUCAGAAUUAUUUGUAAGUGUGAACUCGUGAAACCUUUA